AUGACCAUGCUCAUGGCCAUGGUCUUCCAAACCGACAUCCGAACCCCCCUCUACGCAAACUCGUGGACGCCUCACCACGCCGGCGCCUACGCGGGCACCUGCAUCUUCCUCAUCGCCCUCGCCGUCAUCGCCCGCCUGCUCGUGGCCUUUAGGGCUCGCCAGGAGCGCAUCUGGGCCGACCACGACGCCCGUCGGCGCUACGUCGUCGUCAACGGCAAGGAGCCCGUCGCCGAGCGCCUCUCGAGGGACUCGGACGCCAAAAGCGCGACCAUGGUGAUUUCGGAAAACGGCGUCGAGGAGAGGGUCGUCGUCGUGGAGAAGAAGGAUGGCGCGACGCGGCCGUGGCGGUUCAGCGUCGAUCCCGUAAGGGCGGCCAUGGAUACCGUUAUUGUUGGCGUUGGAUACCUGCUCAUGCUGGCUGUCAUGACAAUGAAUGUCGGUUACUUCAUGUCUGUCCUCGGCGGCACAUUCCUGGGCAGCCUGCUUGUCGGCCGCUACAGCGAGGUGUACCACCACUGA